GAAUUUGUUUUCUUCUUCGGAGAGGCAGAGAGUUGAAGAUGCGAGAUUGGAACUGGUUAUUGUGUUGCCUGGGUGCAGUUGCUAUUUUCCUUCUUGGAUGGAGCCACAGCAGGGAUGCAGAUAUUCUUAAAGCGGUGCCUCGGAUUGACCAGUUGAGCGAAUUGGCAAAAUUGUUGGAUGCUGAGCAUGUGCCCUUGGUGGUUGGAAUUUCAGGGAGAGUUUGCUCUGAAACCCCCAUAAACUGUGAGUUUGGUGGUUUACGAGGUGUAAUUGUGGAGCAAUGCGCAGAACAAAAGUUUUUGAAACGCAACGUGGAUGGUGAUUGGAGAUCGGGUUCUGAUUUUAUGCUUUCAACGUGCAAAGAAGUCCCCUGGUAUUUGGUGAAUGAUGGGACUGGUCGUGUGAAUGCGGUGGGAGCUCAAGGUGCCUCAGGCUUUAACCUUCUGGCUUCAAGUGGGGUAUUUGAACAGUCAAGGAGAUGCCUCAAAUGUGAGACAAUAGAUUACCGCCCAGGCCUCAAGGUACUUGGAGUCAAACGAACUGAGUGGGUACUUCCAGUUGGUACUUCUUUGGGUGUUGUUGGCGAGGUUGUCAAAGAUGCAGUUGGUACCAUUCGAAUUCAAAAACCCCACGAUGGGCCAUUUUAUGUCUCUCCCAAAUCCAUUGACGAGCUCAUUGCAAGCCAUAGGAACUGGGGAAGGUUUCUCAAAUAUGCAUCUUUUGGUUUGGCUUUCAUCGGUCUUACUUUGAUUGCCAUGGAAUUUAAUGAAUACAUCAUGGAAAGACAGCGCCGCUUUGAAUUGCAGAGAAGCCUGACCAGGGCUGUUGCUGCAGCUUCUGUAAGACCUGGGGAAGAUGAUGAAGGUUCAGACGAAGGGGCUGUUGAUGCAUCAAAUGGUACCAAUUCAUGUGUGAUAUGCCUUGAGCAGGAGUAUAGUGUUGUUUUUCUCCCGUGUGAUCAUAUGUGCUGUUGUACAAGUUGCUGCUUGAACCUGAGGAAGUGUCCCCUUUGCCGGCAACGAAUUGUGCAGGUGGUGAGGACUUUCCGCCCUUGAGAUUCUGCUUCAAAUUUGAGGUUCUCUGCUCUAGUAGAUGAAGAAUUCUGGAUGUGGCAACUUCAGUACACGGUGCUUUUCUGGAUUCACUAUUGAGAUUUGUAAAUGCUUAACGGCUAGAAAUCCUUAUUGUAUCAUUGUAAAUUGAUAUUAGAUAUUAUGGCCUGUCUGAGUUAGAGACAAGACACCAGGUCCGCUUUAGUGUGGAUAUUUCAUGGUCCCUAAGUUUGAUGA